AUGGUCAGCUCCUGUUGUGGCUCUGUCUGCUCUGAGGAGGGCUGUGGCCAAGGCUGCUGCCAGCCUAGCUGCUGCUGCCAGACCACCUGCUGUAGGCCCACCUGCUGCAGACCCAGCUGUUGCAGGCCCAUCUGUUGUGUGUCCAGCUGCUGCAGACCCAGCUGCUGUCAGUCUGUCUGCUGCCAGCCCACUUGCUGCCGCCCCAGCUGCUGUGUGUCCAGUUGCUGCAGGCCCAGCUGCUGCCGCCCCAGCUAUUGCAUUUCUAGCUGUUGCAGGCCCAGCUCCUGCAGCCCCAGCUGUUGUGUGACUAGCUGCUGCAGGCCACAGUGCUGCCAAUCUGUGUGCUGCCAGCCUACCUGCUGCUGCCCCAGCUGUUGCAGCCCCUGCUGUGGUAGUUCUAGCUGUUGUGGAUCCAGCUGUUGCAGACCCAGCUGCUGCAUUUCUAGCUGCUGUCGCCCCAGCUGUUGCCAGGCCACCUGCUGCCGCCCCAGCUGCUGUGUGUCCAGCUGUUGCAGGCCCCAGUGCUGCAUCUCCAGCUGCUGCCGCCCCAUCUGUUGCCAGACCACCUGCUGCAGGACCACCUGCUGCCGCCCAGCAUGCUCUAGCUGCUCUUGCUGCUGA